AUGGUGGGAAUUUUCUCAAGAUUUUCUAUCAUUAAAGCUCGGCAUCGACGGACUCAAAGUGCACUCGAUCAAAGGGAAGUAUUGCCCCCGAGUUCUGAGGCUACUGCUGUUACUAUAGCAACCGCUGCCUCUACUGCGACCCACGGGAUUGAAGUUGCAGUUCAGUUUAAGCCAGUUGAAUACCCAACCGAGCCUCUUGACAAUGAUCAACCAAUCCAUUGUCCACCGCCGGAACCAUCGAUUCUAAAUGAUGGAAGAAUAUGGAAGGAGCGAGUGUCUUCAGUUGUCCAGAGGCGAGCUGACCUGCCGGUCAUGCAGGAACAAACCCCAUUAUCGUCUGAGAGUACUACAGGAAUAAAACCUCGACACCCUCCUAAUCGAGUAAUUCUACCAUCAGUCAGUGCCCCAGAACAUAGUAUCCUUAAAUUGCUGGAGGAGUGCAAUACAUCUGGUAUCUAA